CCACAAAAAAGAAAUGACGCCAGAGCAUGACACACACUUAAUAGCAUUCAUCUUCUUAAUUUGUUUCUUAUUUCACCUAUAUACAUUUUUUACAGGUAUAAAGAACACCGUCAUUACAGGAUGAAUGGUCUACCAAUGUUUCCCAAUGUUAAAUAUGACAUCAUUCAUUCUUACCACUACAAUAGCGUCCAGAGCAAUGGACUAUUAAGUCAGAAGUUUCCUCAUUUCCUUGAUGGCCAGUUUACCGAUGAUCUCGUCAAGUCCUGUUCACCUACUCCGAGUGUUUGUUCCCUGGGAGAUGCAACACUUCACGCUCCUAUUUUGUUUCGCUCAUAUCAAGACUGUCAGACUCACCGUCUCUGCGGUGCAGCCUCACCCAACACUGCACACUGCCUUGUCACAGCUAAAAAUGCUGUCAACUCCCACAAAUCCAAAGUCCAAUGCUGUAAAUGGAUGAAAGGUAUACGUCGCCGCAAACAAAUACGCGCGGAAAAUGGUGUAAUCGUCUACCCUUCAGCUAAUUCAAGGACCCUCUCUGAGCUUUGUUUGUCUUCGAGUUACCCUUCAGUUAAAAAUGUUGAUAUUUUCAAAGCUGAAAACGAGACAGUUAAGGAUUAUUCCGAGAAAGGUAAAAAUAAACAAUGCCUGGGCAACUCCAAAACAACAAAGUUGGCGUCAGGGGAAGUAUAUCGGAGAAGACGAUUGGCUGCUAAUGCUAGGGAAAGGAAUAGGAUGAAAAGUCUCAACACCGCUUUCGACCGUCUGAGGCAAGUGAUUCCAAACAUGGGCGAUGAUCAGGUGUUCUCGAAAUACGACACACUCAAAAUGGCCAAAACAUAUAUUCAAGAACUGAAAAAAAUACUUGACAACAGGUCCGAAGAUGAUGACUGUUUGCCCGUGAAAAUGUCCGAAGUUUAAACCAUUAUUUUCUAAUAGCUUAGUAUUCUGUAGUCAGACAGUAACAAAAUUAAUCUAUUAAAAAAAAACAAAGAACUUUUCAGUGAAUGAUGUGCGAAGCUGCUGAUUUCAUUCGUUCUGCAUGCUGUGAAUCACCUUCACCUUCGAUGGCCUUAGUCUGUUAUGCCAUUGGAGUAGCAGACAUUAUCGGUCACCCGCCCCUCUCAUUUUCUCUCAACGAAUACGGUAAUUGACGUCUUUAUGAAUGAGUGACAGAAUAAACGUGUACAGAAUAUCAUUUAUAAUGAUUGUCUUCAAGUACAAUGGACAAUAGAAAAGUGUGUCGCCCAUUAAAAUGGACAAUAGAAAAGUGUGUCGCCCAUUGAAAUGGACAAUAGAAAAGUGUGACGCCCAUUGAAAUGGACAAUAGAAAAGUGUGACGCCCAUUGAAAUGGACAAUAGAAAAGUGUGACGCCCAUUUAAAAUGGACAAUAGAAAAGUGUGACGCCCAUUGAAAUGGACAAUAGAAAAGUGUGACGCCUAUUGAAAUGGACAAUAGAAAAGUGUGACGCCCAUUUAAAAUGGACAAUAGAAAAGUGUGUCGCCCAUUAAAAUGGACAAUAGAAAAGUGUGACGCCCAUUUAAAAUGGACAAUAGAAAAGUGUGACGCCCAUUUAAAAUGGACAUUAAAAUAUUGUAACUAGAAUGUUAUCAUGAAUUCCACGCUACUAGUCUGUAUAUGGAUACCGAGAAUAUCCAUGCAAACCUUGAUUUAAAAAAAAAAUAAAUAAAGAUUAUUUUUGUUUACCAUGUUUCAGUUUAAAUAUUCGUGUAAUUUCUUGAUCUAAUAACUGUGUAAACUGUGUAUGUAGAAUAGUUAUAACUUCUAGGAUACAGAUUCUAUAAAUUAAUUUUAAAUUCUGUUCAGGUGAUAAUAUUUUGAAAUGCCGGUUGAUAGAUAAUAAAUGACUGAAGUUUGUACACUUUCUUUGUUGUACAUCCUUUGCAACGUGAUGUACACUCGUAGAUUGUCAUCACACUGACUGGGAUAAAAGAUUGUUUUUAAAAAGGAGUUAAUCCUUCAAACGACUCCCUACUGCUGGAGUUAUCUCCCGUCACCCACUAAAACAAAACACAAGAAGCUAUCGAGUGACGUGAUUAUCACGUUGUCCUAUCCCAGUAGCCUGCCGACCUCUGGACGCGCUGUCUUCUCCCGUGUUGUUGUUGUUGUUUUUAAAUUAUUCACACCUGACAUUGAUCUAUGUAAAUAUUCAUACGUAUUACUGACAGUGUUGCAAGUAAAGUAACCAAGCAAUCAAAGAUGUACGUACUAAUAGUGUUAUAUUAUACGAAGUCAAUGCUAAACAUCUGAUGUCGAAAUGUGACUCAAUGGGAAAGGACUUAAGACAAAUACACCAUUCCCAAGUGGGUGCCAGUUUCACACAGGCGCACUUCUUACCUUGACCAUUAACUGAAUCCCAGAAGAACUGUCGAAAGCUCCGCUGAUGAUGCCCACCACUGCACCGCCACCCACCGGGAACAUAUU